AUGAUUGAUUCCAGUGCGGGGAGAAGCGAGGGGGAGGGAGGCAGCAAGGAGGACAUUCGGCUCCUUGUGCAUAGCGACGGAUGCCCUCCCUUCCUAUGUGUCGUCUCGUCAUCCUCCACCAUCGACGCCCUCCACCGAGAGAUCAGCAAGCUCCACCGAGAGCUAUUCGCCGGCUCCGACAUCCCCUCGCUGAGGAUCCGAUGGGUGGAGGACAGCCAGAGGCACGCGCUGCCUCUCAACGGGAGGAUAGGCUUCCUGCUCAAGGACGAGGACAAGGUAUACGUAUGCUCGGGGAUCGACCCCUUGCGAGAGGACAUCCACUACGGUAUGAGACAGGGCGAUAGCGUCAAGAGCGUCAUAGCGCGAUGGCGCAACUGCUGCCUGGACACUGCGAGCUUCCUCUGUGCUGCUGCACACCAGGAGGCGAAACAUGGCGAGAUCAUAGAGCAGGAUGGCAUCUCCGUCCUCCUGAGCCUCGCCCUCCACACAGGGAACAUGCUCCCUGGUGACGUCUCCAUCCAGGACCUCCAUGGCGCCCUCAGGAGCCUCUUGGAGCUUGAGGAUGCGGCGGACAGAAUCCUUCAGUCAGGAUGCGAGGGUCAGAUCUUUGCCCUCCUUCAGUCUCCUGACCCGGAGCUUUCGGCCCUUGCUGCCUUCAUCUGCUCGAGAAUGGCUGCAAACGCCACCAGCCACGACGCCUUCCUGUCCUGGUCCGCUCCUCUCCGUCUCUCCAAAGCCGUCCAGCUCUCCGGCAACUCCACGACCCGGCUGGAUGCCAUGACCUGCAUCCGCCUCCUCAGCAAGAACCCCCGAUGCCUCCCCUCCCUCCGCAGCAGCGCCGUCCUCCCCAUCAUCGUAGAUGCUGCAGAGGACCUGAAGGACGGGAGGACCUGUGCCAAGGCCCUGGGAACCAUCGCCUCCCUCCUUGAGAUCGGCGGAGAGAGCAUACGGACCCAACUAGAGGGCCUUUCAGCUCCUCGCGUGAUCUCUCGCGCUCUGUCGUCCCCCGACAGGAACGUCGCUCGUGCCGCCGCUGCAGCUCAGGCGGCGCUGCUGGGACAUGCUACCAUCAGGAUCCCGCUGGGGGAGGACGGAGGGCUCUCGAAGGAGAGGAGCGUUGCUACACCUGCCCUGUGGACUUCGGCAUCGCAGGCGCACCGGGGGGAGGAGGGAGGAGGGAGCGCAGGGCGGAGCGCGUUCGACAAGUUUGCAGAGGAGAUGUCCUCGUCGCUCACAGGAGGAGGAGGGGAGGACCUGGUGACGGACAGCAACAUCGAGAUGAUGAGGAGGAUGAUGGCGCAGGACGAUUUGGAGCUGAGGAGGAGAGCGAGUUCGCUCCUCCUCUCCCUCUGCAAGGCGGGGGAAAGGUGCAGGUUUCAGCUGGUGGACAAGGACGGGAUCUCGUUGCUGAGCAGAGCCAUUACCUCCAAGGAUCCGAAGAUGCAGCUCAAUGCUCUCACGUCCCUCGCCUGUCUGUCCAACGUGUCUGCCCUCCACCAGGCUCUGGUCGACCACGACGUCCCUACCUCCAUCCUCCACUUCCUCUCCAGCGAGGACGAAGGGUUGAAGGUGCAGGCGAUGAAAACUUUGUCCCACCUUGCCGCUCACAAACGAGCCAAAGAGAAGAUCUUACAGGACAAGCACGUCCUCUCCCUCCUUCAGUCCGCCAAGACCGCCAGCCCGCACGACGCUUUCUUCCUUUACCUCAGCAUCCUCAAACGACACGUGGAGGCAGGGAAGGAGAGGUGA